ACGGCUCUGUGGAGGCCAAACACAAGCUUCAGAGAAUCGAAGAUAAUUUUUUAUAUCAACAAAAAUUGGUUCAAGAUCAAGAAAUUAUAAAUUAAUAUUGUGAUAUGACAUCCGAUUGCUUUAAUUUAAGCGAAUUCUCGGAAUAUCUUGACGAUACCGAUGGUCAUCGCUUGGCACAGUUCUUGCAGAAAAAAAGUGGUACGGUGCGUAAUGGUGUGAAACGAAUUUUUGACGCUGAACCACAGAGAUUUAGUUUAAAUGUACGUCUGAAGCGCAUAAGUUCACCACCAGUGCCAACAACUGAGGUUGAAAAUGAAAAUGAAUGUGUCAUACCAGAAACGCAGGAUGCGGAUAAAGAGAACGAUGUUCAAAAUAAACACAAGGAGGUUGAAUUUCCUCCUGAACAAGAAGUGUUGCAGCAAGAGGCUUCACAAGUAAAUGAAGCACAAUUACUUGUAACUGUAGAUGAAUCAUUAAAUACAGAGCAGAAUGGAAGGCCUUGUAUUGCUUCUGUACCAGUUAUUUUAUCAAUGGCUAACAAUAAAACUUGUCCUGAAACUAAAAGUAUGGUAAUUUCACCUGUGAAAUCGCCAACGAAGCAAUGCACAAUUGAACCUAAAGUAAGAAGUCCAUCGAAACAAUCAGAAGUUUUGCAGCUCUCAAUUCUAGCAGAAGAAAAUGAAUCAAAUAAACAAAUGGAAGAACCACCAUUGCCAAUGAUCCCAGUUUCGCCACAAUUAUUGAAGGUACUCAACCGACCGGAAAAGCAAGCAAUUAGCACUAAGUCAGACACAUUUCAACAAUCAAAAAUACCAUGCCCUAUUAUACCAAAAACACCACGAUCGGCAUUAUCAAAGUUGCCUCGCAGUGGUGGUCUUCGAAGUGGCGAUCGACUACGUCGUCAAGUGUUGAAACGUAUCUCAAAUCUAGAAAACAACGGACGCCGAACUUUACUUGCGGAAUUCGAAAGUACACUUUGCUCAUCAGACUUUUCGCCAGCAAUAUGCAGUACACCAAUGCAUCAUACACCGCCCGCAAAUUUAUUGAAAACACCAGCAAGAAUAAAUAAUUCACUGAAUAGGCCGAAAACGCCGGCAAAAGAUGCAUGCAUUCCAAAUGAAGUGUCUAUGCAACACACACAAAAUAAUGCUGUACAACAACAACAGGAGCCAUUAAUAAAAAAUAUGGUUGAAGCACUAGAGGAGACAAUAAAAAAACUCAAAAGUUUUGAAAAUCCUCCACACACACACACCGUUACGCCCGAGUCUAGUAUAAAUACGACAGAAUUGCAGCAAUCACAAGAACAAUUACAACAAGCACUUGUUCCGGCAUCAACUGAUAACGGAGUUGCUAAAAGUAAUUUGCUUGCUACUGAAUCUUUGCUGCAGGAAGUGCAAAAGACACUGACUGAUUUAAGGCACUCCAAUUUACAAGCACCAAAAAUAGUUAUACCCGUAAAUCAGACUUUUAACAAUGCGCCACCAACACCAGCAGCAGACAAAGAGAUUAGUAGAAAAGAAAGUAAUCCUGAAUGUGAGGGCGAUAAAGUAACGCAGUCCAAAGCGCAGGCCGAUCAAACCACUGGUGCAAUAUCACGCAACAAUAUACACGGCGUCACAUUCUCGCAUUCGCAUUGUACACAGCAGCAUACAAUUUCAGCGGCUAAUUUGAAUGGUGUCAGCAAUUUCAAUAGUCCUAAUCAUCCCAUAAAUCAUCCUACUUUUACGUGUAACAACACAACAACAAAAACUAAUCUACCGACAGACUCCGUACAAUAUAAGAAUGUAACAAGUCUGUCCGGUAAUAAAAAGGCUGCUACCGACAACAACCAACCAAACACAACAGCAGUCCAUUCGAUAUUGUUAAAUGAAAGCAAUAAGCGACGACCUACGCGCUCAGCUCAUACAACGUUAAACAAUACAAAUUUGGAAGAGAAUUUUGUUAAACAACAAAGUUUCGUCAAUCAUGAUGCCUCCAAAUGCACAAAAUUAAAUAAAAGAACGGAAGUUCCCACUGAAAUUGCAAAUAAAGCGCCUAGCACUAAGCAUUCUCUUACAGAGAAAACAAUUUCACAGCUUUUAACUGAUGAUGAAGAUGAGGAGGAAGAUAUGCAUUACACGGUGUAUAAAAGGCAAAUCUUACGUAAAAGUGGCCCACUUAAUCUGGCCACUGAAAAACCACAGACGACGAAGCGUAAUCGGCGGACAAUUAAACGCACAAUGCGAACACGUGUUCACCAUCCAUCCGCCAAAGCGUUCGCGUCAUCAUCACUACUCACAAGUGAUACGGAAACCGAAUCAGGACCACCGCCAGCGCAUCCACUUAAUUUGCAACACGUGAAACCUGUCGAACAUAUAAAAGUACAACAAUUAAGGCGGCGACGACCCUUAAAUAAAGCACCAAGUACACCUAAAAAUGGCGAACUCUUCGCCGAUGAGUUGAAAGCGCAUUUGGCACGUCUAACAAAUCAUGAAAUUCUUGAUUUGCGCAAACGCAAUUCGAUGGGUUUAAUGAAUGGUAAACAUUUGCGAAAAUCGUCAGGUGUCAACAAACAGGCCCUCGAGCAGAAAUUGAAAAUUGAAGAAGAAAUUCAAUUGGAAAUUUUGCGUCGUGAAUUAUUGGGCUACACUGAGGGUUUACGGGGGGAGGUACAGCAGCAAACGGAUUACAGUGAGCUAAAUCAAAAGAAAUCUAGUGCGGCCGAAUCGCCAUUGGCGACUGAAGUAGUUGAGGUAAUUAAAGAAAUCAUCUUAGAUGAACUGCCACAAGCACCUGCAGCAUUCAAGGAUAACACAACUACUAUUGCUGCAGACGGUGCUUUCUUGGACAAUGCAACUGUAACACCGGCACUAUUAAAGAAUAAUACUGCCGGUGGUGUGACUAAAAGCACUGAAGAUAAUUGUAAUGCUGCUGUCGCAGUUUUGGAUACUGAGAAUAAUGUGGUAGAUGCUACUGUUACGCCUGAUGUUCCUGCACCGUUUAAAGAUAAUUCUUGUGUCGAUAUUGCUGCACCUAAUGUAGUUAAUACUAACGACAAUGGAAACCCACUGUACCAAACACUACUACAAUUGACACAGCGCAUAUGUUAUAACAACUCAUUAGUUGAUGAUUGUAGUAAUGAACGUAUUACUUUUGUUUCAACCAAAGUUAAUAAUGUUCAAAAUACGACAAAGGCGAGAAAAACGCGUCAACGAAACAAACAUACAGAAGCGUUGCCUGAAGUAACAAGAAAAUAUUUUCAAAUAGAAGAGAGUUUUAAAACACGCCGCGAGUAUAACAAGUCCAAGCGCUCGCUGUACAGUAAAGGUGAUUCGUUUGACGAAGAUAGCGAGGCCUCAGAUAGUGAAAAAGAAAAUUUAAAAAAAAAUUCGACACUAACGGAGCCAAUACCACCACCACCAGUUAUUUCACCGGUAAGCAAUAUACAAAUACCAUCACCGCCGCCGCCACUGGGCUAUUCGACCGUUUCCACAUUUGUACUGCCGAGCUUGCCAACGGAACAAUUUGUUUUGCCGCCAACGGCAUUUUCCGACAAACCAAUGGAUAGUAGUGCGAAUGGUGCAAAGGCCAAAACAUUAUCCGCGUCGCAUAAUAAUCUUGCUGCCACAACAGUUGUGUGCCAAAAUGAUGAUGAACUCUUCAAAAAGCCCACAAAGCUUGCGCCACGUGUUUCACGUAAACGAAGGCCACAAGAUUCAAAAACUUACAUCUCCAGCAAUGUGAAUCAAACUGAGCGCACAGAUGACACCGAAGGCUUACGUCGAUCGAAGCGCGCACCGAGUAAUCUAACCUCCAAUUGGAAUGGACACUCACUUUUGGAAUCAUUGUUUAAUUCAAGGUCAUUAAAAAAAACUAAAAAGAAGCCAACAAACCGAACAAGCUCCAGCAGCAGUAACGGCAGUAGAGGUGGUGAUCUGAGCACGCCAGUCGCCUCGAGCACAGUAAAUGAUGCCAAUGUGAAGAAGCGGAUUCGUAAAGCUAAAAAAACAGUGAUCGCGCAAGCACCAGUAUUUAGUUACCUUGGCGAUACGAAUAUAACAUCGAGCACCGUGAACUCGCUACGAAAUACCGAAAGUGAUGCGUUGAGUGCACAGCUGGAAGCAAUUCCAGAAACACCCAUCGAAACUGAUGACCAUGAAGCAGCGGUGGCAAGUUCAAUGGCAGUCGCACCAGCGCCAAAUGACAACAAAUUACCAUGCACUUCCUCCUCCCACAGCAACAAAAACGUGAAAACCACAACUAAAGCCAGCGAAACCACAACAAAUAGGAAAAAAAAGACUGGUGCAGCAGAAAAGCAAACUGCGGAACCGAAAAAAAGAGGCAGACCCAGAAAAACAGUUACAGGUGGUAAAAAAAAUCAGCAGCAGCAGCAGCAACAACAGCAGCGAGAAGAAGCUGACGCAGUGGAAGCAGYAGAGCAAAUCGCGGACGAUGACACCGCAAAUCGCACAGGACAAUUGGAGUGUAGUCGCGUUUAUUUGCCACCACCGCCAUCGUUAGAGAAGCUGAAUGAAAUGUUUGACGAAUUGAAAAAUGCCGCCAACAAUUUGAGCGACGGGGAGACCAUGCCGAAUGAUGCAGAAUCGGGCACUUCUACUCCGACGACAGAUAGUAACGUUCGCUUACGACCUGUGCGUGUACGUUUGCGUCGUUUAAGAGCACGUGACAUAUCCGCCGCAACGUCAACUUCGGCCGCAACAAGUUCGGCGUCGACCAAUACAUUAAACAGUGAGUCAAAUCAAACGGCGAAAAGCAAUCGUAAAGAGUUGCUGGAUUGGCUGAAGAAUGUAUCACAUUUGCAAUCGGCCACAAAUGAGCGACAAGUCUUUAUGGAUAUGCGACCUUCCACUGCUGGUAAAUUAUUUUUUACCGAUUUGCAGGGUAUAGACUAUGCCUUUUACGAUACGGAUGAUAAGUGUAGUCUCGGCUAUUUGCGCUUCAAGCCACUGCAGUGCAAGCCUUCGAAGCGUGCGAAGAAGUAUCAUUUGCACUUUGUUGUACUUGCGGGCUCAUUUGAAAUCAGCACGGACCGCGAAAGCGCCAAUUUCGGUGUUGGUGAUAUGGUAGCCAUUAAUAUUGGCUGUCACUAUAAAAUCACAAAUUUGGAAAAUGACAUCRGCGUACUUAUGGUGAUAAAGAAGUAACAGCGAUGCGCAUGCGCACUCAAGUUAUGUUAAUUCUUCUGAAUAAUUUUAUUUGCAAUUAAUUCCUUUAACAUCCUUGAAUCUCUGUGUUAGAGUGACAGUUGACACUCCUUGGCCGGAUAAAAAUCCGGGUCCGUUCCGACUAUCGUGCGAACAGCUGGUUCAGAGCAUCGCAGACUUCGGUAGGUCUUCAACUGUCGAAGCUGCAACAACUUGCAUGCAUAUGCAUUUUGGGUGGUGGCUCUUGGUGUGCUUAACCUCAAACCACUUCAUCUAGUAAUCGGUCAUUUAGUUAAAUGCACUACUUAAAAUGACAGUCGAAAGGUUUGGCAGAGGUGAGGCAAUUCCUAU